UCUUUCUGAUAGGCAGAUAAAAACAACAAAAUUACUUAGUAUGCCUUUUUCUAACUGUGUCGAACAGUGUGUAAAUAAAGUAUCAAAAUACGUUUAAGCAUAUUCAAAAAGUAGGUCAUUUUACCCUCCACUUUAAGCGCCUUUAAGAUAGCAAACGGCAGACAUCUGCGCCUCACAACGACAGCAAUAAUGAGCAACUAGUGGCUAAGCUCUUCAUCAGGAUCUGGAUUUCAGAAUAAUAACGCAAGCAUAGCACACAUAGGAGAGCAGUUGCAAGCGUGUUAUACUGUCUGAGAGAACAUGAAUCUGGAAUCAUUAUUUCGUGACUUCAACCCAUGUAAAUUUAUAGUGCACUGCAGCCUAUUUUCGUUUGUAGCGCUUUUCGCGCUGCGCCUCGAUGGAUACAUAGAUUGGCCCUAUUGGGCUAUUUUUACCCCGCUGUGGAUUUGGAAAUGCACUGCCAUACUGGGCGCUAUAGUGGGUGCCAUUGUCUGGUGUCGCUAUCCGCACUAUCGCCUUGAGGGCGACUCCUACACACAGUUUAAGGCGAUGCUUAUAUCUCUAUCUUUGCACCUCAUAUUGCUUAUGUUCGAGCUGCUGGCAUGCGACAAGCUCACAUCGGAGCGUCAUUUAUGGGUGCUUGUCUUUAUACCGCUUAUAUUUGGCUCUGUGGUCAGCGUUGGAGCCUGUGUCUGGGCGGUUAAGCAUGAUCGCUCCUUUGAACUAGAGCUUUUUUUGGCUGUCAAUGCAUUACAGUUUGUGUCGCUGCCACUUAAGCUGGACAAAUUUGUAUAUUGGAACUGGGAUGUGGUGUUUGUGCCCAUGUGGAUUGUCAUUUGCCUUAGCUUGGUCAGCGUACUAUACAACAUCAUAUUUUGUGGCAUUAUGAUGCGUACACCCGAAGUAUCGUUGCAACAGAAGAAGGCGGCUCUAAAUGCAGCUGUUGGCAACAUUUGUACUGUGCUGCCAUUGCUCUGCUUUCAGGUGGUUAUUUGCGACAAGCUGGAUGGAGAAAUCAUGUUUCCGUAUAUUGUGGUAUUCUCCCCACUGCUGGUCUCUAUACUGGCACUAAUUAUACUGAGCUUUACCGCCAAAGGCGGUAACAUGUGGUGGUUUGGCAUUCGUAAAUCGUUUAGCCAGUUUCUGCUUUCGGCCAUGCCAUUUCUACAGGAAUACGGAAACAUCAGUUAUCAUGCAGAAACACAAAGCAAUGCGGGUCAAUCUGUGCCGCUGGAUGCGUCGUCGUCAUCAACCAGCAAUAUCGCUGCCACUGAUCCUCUCCAUGAGUUUAGCAAGCACGAAAAGAAAAGCAAGAAGGCUGCCAAAAAUGAUAUAAUGAAGCCGGUGGUGCCAUUCAUCAGCAUUGAUUUGCCUGACUAGAUACAAACAUAUAUUAUAAUAACAUAUAACAAUGAUAAGCAUUGCCUGCAAUGCUAUAACAAAAACAUAUAUCUAAACAUGAAUGUAUAUAUAUAUAUACAUAUAGGACCACCUAUUAUUAGGGGUCUAGCUUUAGGCAUUCACACAUGCAUAUGUGUACACUUGCAUAUGCAAACCUUGGCCGUAGCUAAUUUGUACUGAAUUUAAUUUGUAAACUUUCCCGCUCACAGCAACUAAAUAUAAUCAUACACAGACACACACAUAUACACCUGCGCAAACUGAAGCCCAGAUAGUGCUCUUCAAUAUACACGCAUGCAUAUAAUAUCUGUACAUAUAGUUGGUGUUUAUUAUUUAAGCAGGUUUAAUUUAGCCAGGUUUAAUUUUGCAACAAAAAAUACAAAAAAAAAAUUGUGCAUAUUUAUAUACAUAUAUAAAUAUUUAUAUAUUUUUUGUAGCUUUUCGAUCAAAUUUAAACUCAAGUCGAGUGAAUUGUAAAUUACUUUAUUAACAUUUUGAAGAACACAUCAUUUUAUUGGUAUUAUAAUUAUUUUUACCUUGUAUGUGUACAUAUUUGUUAUGUUUAUAAGGGGUUUUAAUAUGUUAAAAAGAACUUGUAAAUAAGUAAAACAAAAUUAAAAAUCUCUUAAGUGCUUCCAAUUAAAAA